GAAAACAGCAGUUCUGUAAAUGAGCGCAUGUAUUAUUAUUUUUUUAUUUUUUCCUUUUUCACCCAAUUUGGAAUGCCCAAUUCCCAAUGCGCUUUUAAGUCCUCGUGGUCGCGUAGUGAUUCGCCUCAAUCGGGGUGGCGGAGGACGAAUCCCAGCUGCCUCUGUGUCUGAGACCGUCAUCUUAUCACAUGGCUUGUUGAGCGCGUUGCCACGGAGACAUAGCGAGUGUGGAGGCUUCACGCCAUCCACCACAGCAUCCACGCUCAUCUCACCACGUGCCCCACCGAGAGCGAGAACCACAUUAUAGCGACCACAAGGAGGUUACCCCAUGUGACUCUACCCUCCCUAGCAACCGGGCCAAUUUGGUUGCUUAGGAGACUUGGCUGGAGUCACUCAUCAUGCCCUGGGAUUCGAACUAGCCAGCGUCUUUUACCACUGAGUGGACUAAAGCACUGAACUGGUAUGUGCAGUCCUCUGAUGCUCCCCAGCUCCUCUGGUGUGUCCAGUUUUGCUCCAGGAGGUUUCUCUAGUCCUGUUCCACCAGUGCAGACAUCAGCUCCUCCUCUCUCUUUCAGCUCAGUAUCAUCUCCUCUGGGUCUGAGUGCUCCGUACAGCAGCCCUGUCACCCCGUACUCCGCCUCUGCCGCCCCUCCCCUCAACCCCACUGCCCUGCCCGGCCCCGCCCUGUCUGCCCCUCCUGUCGGCCCACCCACCACUGGCUUCUCUGUGAGUGUAGGAUAUGAUAUCACACGUGGCCAUGCUGGGUGCACCCCUCAGACGCCACUGAUGCCCAGUUUUACCAGCACCUCACCCGUGCCAGGCAUUGUCUCUAAUCCCAUGAUGCAGCAGCCAAUGUCUGGAAGUUUAGAUGUCAGCUCCCCCAUCACAUUCCCUGAAGACACUGAAGAUCCCAGAGUGACCCCAGACAGCAGCUCUACUGGAGGAUUAUGGGGCUUCUUCAAGGGUGUAGCUGGUAACCCGAUGGUCAAAACAGUACUGGAUAAAACCAAACACUCAGUGGAGUCCAUGAUCACCACACUAGAUCCUGGAAUGGCUCCUUACAUAAGUGUUGCUGUGGUGUGUGUGUCAGAGUCAGGAGGUGACGUGGACAUCGUGGUGACGUCAAAUAAGGAGGUGAAGGUGGCAGCAGUGCGGGAGGCAUUUCAGGAGGUGUUUGGUUUGGCAAUGGUGACAGGAGAGACGGGUCAGUCGAACAUUGCCCCACAGCCAGUGGGCUACGCUGCAGGACUCAAGGGAGCUCAAGAGCGCAUUGACAGUCUGCGUCGUGCUGCAGUCAUUCAUGAGAAGCAGCCUGUGGUUUCUGUGGAGAACUUCAUCGCUGAACUCUUUCCUGAGAAGUGGUAUGAUAUCGGCUGUGUGAUAUUAGAUGAUCCUGGCAAUGGCAUUCACAUUGAAACAUUCACUCAAGCAACACCUGUGGCCCUGGAACACAUUCAACAGGCUCAGUCUCUGACUCCUCCAGACUAUCCUCUGCACUGGUCUGGUCUACUGGUGACCGUCGGGGAGGUUCUGGAGAGAAACGUACCAAACAUCAGCCGCACAGACUGGCAUCAGUCCUUCUCUGGUGUGUCCCGCAGACAGAUGAUCUACUGCACUGCUAAAGCUUUGGCUGGAAUGUAUAAACUGCGACUGCCCGCCAGGACUAUGUGAAUGCACCAGGACACUGUCUAGCAGACAGCUGAUGAAAAGGAAUGUUUGGUUUAUUUCUGCAGCAGGCUUCAAAUAAACCAAGUUACAUUGAAGACUUACACACAACUAUUGAUUUAUCUUUUAAAUUAUUGAUUAAAUCUAAUAUCAAAUUAGUUUUUCCCUUGAUUAUAUGAGUUUGAUUGAUGUUAAUAAUUGACAACCUCCCUUUUCUUUAAGCGCAGUCCGUAAAUGUAAAUAGUAAAUAGAGUAAAACUGAAAACAAAUGUUAGUGUUAGCUCUUGUGUCCUAACCAGGCAAGUAAUUAGAUCGGUCUCUUUCAUUUAAAUAUGAGUUUUUGUCUUAAUCAGUUUGUGACCACAUCAAACAACAGGACUUUUUGCCAAUCGGCCACUGUGAACUCUCAUUAAUCCAAAAUCCCACUCAUAACUGUAUAUUAAAGUCACGCAACAGUUUCACGUUCAGUCUGAAGACGUGUCUGGUUAGGAUGCGGUGUUAGAUUUGCCUCAUAUAACGUGUUUACAUUUAAAAAGAAAAGAAAAACAAAUACCAUCACCCUUUUGAAUGUGGAGGUGUUUAAAUUGAACCAUCGAAAUUUAUUAUCAUUGUGAUAUUAUUUUGAAGUAAUGGCUUUUGAUUUUUUUAUUGUAUUUCCUUCAUAGCCUUAUCAGUGUCAAACAGUAUGAUUUUUUUUUCUAUGUUAGCCAGCACUAACUGUGGUCAAAUUAAAUCAGAUUGUUGGUAGAAGUAUCUUUGAUCCAUAUACACACAAACCAGUUAUUAUGAAUGUUGUUACAUGAAACAUUUAGUCUGUUUAAAUAAUUCAGAUAGACCGUGUAGCAGUUUUAAAGAUCAACUAAGUUAAAGCUCAAAAUCAGAUGUUUCACAGGGUGACAGAACACACUGAUCUGAGCAUGACCUCUGAGUGACCUGAUGUGUAGCACAUGAUGUCGAAGACAAAGCUGUGCUGGACCGUAAGAGUUCAUGAAUAUUUUCCAAAAUCUACAGCUGUCUUUUAUAUGUUUAAUAUUUCUCCAGAACAACUGUGGAUGAUUUUAUGGUGUUUUACAAACGUGCCUUUGACCAGCAGAAAAGUAAAAUAUAUUUUUAUUAAAGCAACAUGUUCCUCUCUUGUGUUUGUGUGCUUUAGAAAUUAUUCGCCCCAACAGUUUUCUCCUUUUACAGAUUUCUAAUUCAAGCAUAUUUAAAAUGUUUGUCUUUUUCUGUGAUGUUAAUAAUAUGACUUCUCAAGUAUGUGGUUUUAUUUUAACCUAAACUGUGUAGUGUUCAAUAAGCAACCUCAUGUUCAUUUCAGAUUCACUAGUGUUUGAUCACAUUAUAAAUAUCUAUUGCUGAGUUUUUCAUUUAUUUUUAUAUGAAUUUUGGGAUAUUACAUAAAUAAAAUGUGCAUUAAAAAUG